AUGGGCGCAUGCAGCUCUAAGGCGCAGCAACAGACACGCGAUCCGGAGCCACGAGAGCAGCAGCCUGCGCUCGAGCCCAAAACCUCCGAACCCUGCGGCCCUUCUGACGCCGCCGCACCUGCCGAGGCGGUUAGGAAGAUGUCGGGUUCGAGCGCCACGGCGCCUAAAGGUGAAAUGCCUACAGCCAGUACAGGUACUCCUGAGCAGCAGCAGCAGCAGCAGGAGCAGCAGCAGCAGCAGCAGCAGCAGCUAGAGCGGCAGCAACAGCAGCAGCAGGAGCAGCAACAGCACCAGGAGCAGCAGCAGCAGCAGCAGGAGCAGCAGGAACAGCAGCAGCAGGACAGGAAAACCUCACAGCCGCAGCAAAACGAUGAUGCAGCUGCACCACCCAAGCCGGGGGGUGAGCGGAAGGCUCAGAAGGCGAUCAUGCAGCAGGAUGAUACACAAGCAGAGGAUGCUAGACUUUUGAACCACCUGGAGAAGCGGGAGAAGACGGACAGUGAUCUGUCUUUAAUUCGUUCUUCCCUUUCGGGCAACUUAGUUUGCUCUUCUCUAAAUGAUUCGGAGGUUGAGGCACUUGCGAAUGCCGUCCAAUUCUUCACCUUUGCAAAGGGAGAUAUCGUCACAAAACAAGGAGAAAACGGCAGUUACUUCUUCAUUGUUCACAGUGGAGAGUUCGAGGCAAGUCUAAACUCUAGACCGCAGACUCAAAACCCUAUGACUGCUUUAGCGUUGGUGAUAGUGAACGAGAAGGUGGUUAACAAGAUAGUGCAGGGCCAAGCCUUCGGAGAAAUUUCUUUAAUUCACAAUUCUGCGAGGACUGCAACAAUUAAAACCCUCAGCGACCAGGCCGCCCUGUGGGGCGUGCAGAGACAAGUUUUCAGGGAGACGCUGAAGCAGCUGAGCAGCAGAAACUUCGCAGAGAAUCGGCAGUUUUUGGCCUCAGUUGAAUUUUUCCAAAUGCUAACGGAGGCGCAAAAGAAUGUGAUAACUAACGCGCUAGUGGUUCAAUCUUUCAAGCCGGGGCAGCCAAUUGUCAAGGAAGGGGAAAAAGGAGACAUUUUGUAUAUCAUAAAGAGCGGGAAGGCGCGAGUCUCCAUUAAAGGAAAAGAUGUUCGGCUUUUGCAGAAGGGAGACUACUUUGGGGAGAGGGCGCUGCUGUACGACGAGCCUCGCAGUGCCACAAUUACGGCAGAAGAGGAGACAAUUUGUGUUUCUAUUGGAAGGGAUCUCCUUGAUAGAGUUCUUGGUAACCUCCAACAUGUCCUCUUCCGCAAUAUUAUGCUCGAAGCUCUGCAACAAAGCAAGGUGUUUGCGUCCUUUCCGACGGAGCAACUGAGCCGAUUGAUUGGCUCGGUGGUUGUAAAGGAUUAUCCGGAGAAUUAUCUCAUACUCGACAGAGAGAACAGGACUAAAGCUUCGGCUUCGCCGCUGUUCUCGGCACAGGGCGUUCGCUUUUUCUUUGUAUUAGAAGGGGAAGUUUCGGUCUACGCUUACAGGGAGGCCCCCAGCGCCAGCAGCAGCGGAGGUGGCAGCAGCAGCGGAGAGCCGCGGAUGGAGCUGCAUUUGGUUGAUACACUUAAAAGGGGUCAGGCCUUCGGCGAUGAAUAUGUGUUGUCUCCUAAUAAGCCCUUCGCCCACUGCCUGGCUUUGCUUACUGCGAGCGCCUUGACGGCGACUUUGGGCGGCCAAGACAUAGACGAGACUUUAGACUACAACAACAAAUUGGCCAUUACUAAAAAGAUGUAUAUUUUCCGAUACCUUUCUGAGCAACAGACGCAAACCCUCAUUCGCGCCUUCAAAACCGUUCGGUACACCCAAGGGGAGGCAAUUAUCCGCGAGGGAGAGAUCGGUUCGCGUUUCUUCAUUAUUAAACUUGGAGAGGUGGCGAUUCUGAAGGGGGGCCGUCGUGUACGUACUUUGGGCCGCCAUGAUUACUUUGGGGAGAGAGCUUUGCUGCAUGACGAGAGGCGAAGUGCAACUGUUGCAGCAAAUAGCCCUGAGGUUGACUUGUGGGUAGUGGAUAAAGAUGUCUUCCUACAAAUUGUUAAGGGACCCAUGCUAACCCACUUGGAAGAACGUAUUCGGAUGCAAGACACCAAAGUUGAAUUCAAAGACUUGCAGGUCGUCCGCGUCGUCGGAAGAGGCACCUUCGGGACGGUGAAGUUGGUGCAGCACAUUCCCACGAAGAUUCGUUAUGCGUUAAAGUGCGUCUCUCGAAAGAGCGUCGUCGCUUUAAACCAGCAAGAUCAUAUCCGCCUAGAGAGGGAGAUCAUGGCCGAAAACGACCAUCCCUUCAUCAUCCGACUCGUGCGGACGUUCCGGGACAAGGACUUUCUCUACUUUUUGACCGAGUUGGUUACGGGAGGAGAAUUGUAUGAUGCCAUCAGAAAGCUAGGCCUUCUGGGGAGGUACCAAGCUCAGUUUUACUUGGCUUCCAUCGUCCUGGCUAUUGAAUAUCUCCAUGAAAGAAAUAUCGCCUACAGAGAUCUCAAGCCGGAGAACAUUUUGCUGGACUCGCAAGGUUAUGUGAAACUGAUUGACUUUGGGUGUGCAAAGAAAAUGCAAGGAAGGGCCUACACUUUAGUGGGAACUCCACAUUACAUGGCUCCAGAAGUCAUUCUAGGCAAAGGAUAUACACUGACAGCAGACACUUGGGCCUUUGGGGUUUGUCUUUAUGAAUUUAUGUGCGGCCCUCUUCCCUUUGGAAAUGACGCGGAAGAUCAGCUAGAAAUCUUCAGGGAUAUCCUUGCAGGGAAGCUGAUGUUCCCUCACUACGUGACGGAUCAAGAUGCAAUAAACCUAAUGAAGCGACUGCUGUGUCGUCUACCGGAAGUUCGCAUUGGUUGUUCUAUUAACGGAUACAAAGACAUAAAGGAGCAUGCUUUCUUCUCGGAUUUCGAUUGGGAUCGCCUAGCUGGGAGAGAUUUAUCCCCUCCUCUUCUUCCUAAAGGCGAAACAUACGCUGAAGACGCAGAGGAGGGAGGGCUGGAGAUAGAAGAAGACGAAGGAAUUGAGCUGGAAGAUGAAUAUGAUUGGGAUAAGGACUUCUAA